CCGGGCGGAGCGGGCGGCGAGCGCCGAGCCGGGCGCGCUGUGGCGGAGCUGGGGCCGGGCCGGGACCAUGGGCGCCCCGCACCUCGCCUGCCUCCAUCCGCGGUCCCGCCCCUCCAGCCCGCUCCUGCCCGGCCCCCGCACUCCUGCCGCCUGAUUCCUGCCGGAACUGGAGCUCGCAGUAUCCCCCUUCCCCGGCAGUGGCGAGCCAGCUGGUCUCCAGAAGGCCCGCGGGUGAACCCGAGUGUGGAGCAGGCAGUGCCCAGCCAGCCUCACAGAUGUGACGUGACUGCGGCCGGAGCUUGGCAACAACUCCUCCUCCGAGGUGCCCCGUCUGGACAUCUGUGCGAAGAGGGUCUAAAGCAGGUGGUUUGAAAAGCCUCGUGUUCCCUGGAGAGAGGAGGAGAUGCAGGGUGACAGCCGGAAAGCCAGUGCAUGAACCUGCCGCAUCCCUUCUCCUCGCUUUCACAUUUCAGCCUUGGCUUCAAACUUACCUACCUGCCGUGGCUCACUCACCAGAGUCUUCCCGAAAGAAGGCAGCCUGAUGGCCCUGGGGGUUCCACCUCCCUCCUCUGCCUGAGCAGCUUCAGAAAGUGCCGUGUGCCCUUUCUCUGCACAUGCUGCUGAUGUGGUCCCACAGAGAAGCAUCUUCAGGCAGCAAGAAAAGCAGAACCCUCCUAACAGAACUCUGAAAGGCCCCAAAGGCCAUCUGCUGGGCAGGAACACUUGAAGAUGUUCGUGUAAAGGAAAUGGAGCCCUUCCAAAGGAUGUGUUCCUGAUCCGAGGUGAAACCAUGAAGAGAAGAUAAAACAAAUAAUAAUGCUUUUCCGCAAUCGCUUCGUGCUGCUGCUGGCCCUGGCUGCGCUGCUGGCCUUCGUGAGCCUCAGCCUUCAGUUCUUCCACCUGAUCCCAGUGUCAGCAGCUAAGAAUGGAGUGACUAGCAAGAAUCGAAAGAGGAUCAUGCCUGACCCGGUGACGGAGCCCCCCGUCAUGGACCCCGUUUACGAAGCCCUUUUGUACUGCAACAUUCCACAUGUGGCCGAGCGCAGCAUGGAAGGUCACGCUCCGCAUCAUUUUAAGCUGGUCUCAGUGCAUGUGUUCAUUCGACAUGGGGACAGGUACCCACUGUAUGUCAUUCCCAAAACGAAGCGCCCAGAAAUUGACUGCAGUCUGGUGGCUAACAGGAAACCGUAUCACCCUAAACUGGAGGCUUUCGUGCGUCACAUGUCCAAAGGAUCCGGAGCCUCUUUCGAAAGCCCCUUGCACUCCCUGCCUCUUUACCCCAGUCACCAGCUGUGUGAGAUGGGAGAGCUCACGCAGACAGGGAUCGUGCAGCAUCUGCAGAAUGGCCAGCUGCUGAGGGACAUCUAUCUGAAGAAACACAAACUCCUGCCCAGUGACUGGUCCACGAAGCAGCUUCACUUAGAGACCACUGGCAAAAGCCGGACGCUGCAGAGUGGGCUGGCUCUGCUUUAUGGCUUUCUCCCGGAUUUUGACUGGAAGAAGAUUUAUUUCCGGCACCAGCCCAGCGCUCUGUUCUGCUCUGGGAACUGCUACUGCCCGCUGAGGAACCAGUACCUGGAAAAGGAGCAGCGUCGGCAGUACCUGUUGCGUUUGAAGAACACGCGACUGCAGAGGACCUACGAGGAGAUGGCCAGGAUCGUGGACACGCCCACCGAGCGGCUCCGGGCCGCCAGCCCCAUGGACGCCAUGCUUUGCCUCUUCUGCCACAACGUCAGCUUCCCCUGCACCAGGAAGGGCUGUGUGAGCAUGGAGCACUUCAAGGUGAUCCAGAGGCAUCAGAGAGAGGACGAGAGGGAGAGGCAGGAGAAGAGACUGUACCUGGGGUACGCGCUCCUGGGCGCCCACCCCGUCCUGAACCGGACCGUGGGCCGCAUGCGGCGCGCGGCCGAGGGCCGGAAGGAAGAGCUCUUCGCGCUCUCCUCUGCUCACGACGUCACUCUGGCCCCGAUGCUCAGUGCCUUGGGCCUUACAGAAGCCAGGUUCCCGAGGUUCGCGGCCAGGUUGAUCUUUGAGCUCUGGCAAGACAGAGAGAAGCCCGGCGAGCACUCGGUCCGGGUUCUCUACGACGGUGUCGAUGUCACGUUCCACACCUCCUUCUGCCUGGAUCACCACAAGCGGUCUCCCAAGCCCAUGUGCCCCCUCGAAAACUUCGUCCGCUUUGUCCAAAGGGACAUGUUCGUGGCCCUGGGUAGUGGUAGCACUAAUUAUUAUGAUGCGUGUCACAGGGAAGGAUCCUAAAAGGUACGUGGUGCGGCGCCAACAGAAUCUCUGCCCAUACAGAGGGAUGGGAAAGGUCCGCUUCUAGUUCUUGGUUGCUAAGGGUACAAGGUGAUUUUUAAAGGCCGGAAAUCAUGCUUGGGGGCCACAUAGAUUUAGGGUUGAACAGUGAAUAUGUUGCUGUAAUUGGGUACUUGAGUUACUUGGUACAUAAUGGCCAGUUCACAGAGAAAGGAAGGUACUUUAUCACAGCCAGACUUUGCUUAGGAUGCCAGAAUAAUGCUCGGUAUCCAAAGCUGCCAAUCCACAUAUGUGUUUUUGAUCUGCCUUGGUACUGUAUGAUGGAACCAGCAAACCUCAGCCAGAAGUUUCUUAAUCUGGGACAAUCUUACCUUGUCCUUGUUCAGUGAACGAUUUCCUGAAGUGAUUUAUCUAAAAUAGGGGUAGGCCAACUUUUUCCGUAAAGGGCCAAAUAGUAAAUAUUGUAGACAUUGCGGACCAAGAGGCCACAUAUAGCGUCUGUCACAGCUACUCGAUUCUGCUCUUGUAACUUGAAAGCAGUGACAGACAGCGUGUGAAUGAAUAAGCAUGGCUGUGUUCACAGGCCGCACAGAACAGGCAGUGGGCCAGGUGUGGCCCGAGGGCUGUAGUUUGCUGAUCCCCGUUCUAAAAGCUAGGCUCUACUACAAUUGCACUUUGAGCACUUUGCGAGAGAACCAGUUGAAUACCCAGAAUUAUUCAGUGGUGCCUCCAGUAACUUCUGCUAGAAACACAGAAUCUGGUCUGUAUCCGACAUUUUAACAAAACUUGAGGGGAAAUAAACAUUGAAUCAAAAUGAAUCAUAGAAAAAUUAUUAGAAUAAUACUUGAUGUUCAUGAUGAUUAUGGUAUAAUAUCUGAGUAUGUCUUAAAUAUUUGUCUGCUGUAGUCUAUUUGCUGUACAUGCUGAAAUUUUUGUAUUCCAUUUAGUAUUUUUAUAGUCUAGGAAAAUAUUUUCUAAGACCAGUUUUAGAUGUGCUCUGAUUCCUAUGAAAUAUUCAAUUUACUGUAUCUGCCUGGGGGUUAGAAGGGAGCCAGAAGCUGAAUUCAGGCACUUUCUUCCAAUAAAACUAAUUAUGGCUCAUUGCCUUCGACAAGCAGUAGAAUUGGAUCGAUUUUUAAACCAUUUUCGUGUUUCAGAUGGUAAAUUCGAAUUGAGUUUUAAAUAAGUUUUUGGAAGAACUUUGUUACUAGAUAGUUAAAUAAUCUUUAUAAGGUAUUUUAUAUAUUAGAAGCAAUUAUAAUUAAAUCUGUGAUUUCUGACUAAAAUGGUGCUAGUUCUGUGCGAAGAAAUAUAAAGUGAGAUUCCCCGAUGUCGCUGGUAUUCCAGCCUUUUCUCUUUGUUUUUUGUCCAGUGUUGCAUUUGAAUACGUCCGUUUCUAUUAAUAAAUUUUUGAAGAUUACUCGUACACACAA